AUGUUUGAUCUGCAUUCGAGCAAGGUCUUACCGCCAAGAAUUCAGCGCUUGGCAUGGCGUUCGCACCAAUAUGACUUUCAAGUUGCGCACAUCUCGGGAAAUUCUGACACAGCAGACUCGCUGUCACGUUUGCCAUCUACAAACAAUGAUUCCUCAGACAGUGGCUUUGUUUACGAAAAUUAUGUACGAUUUGUGUACACGUCCAACAUGUCAGGUCUGCAAGCUGUCACCCUCUCUGACAUGAAAGUACAGACAAGCAAAGAUGCCACGCUUAGCAAGCUGCGUAGCCAAAUUCAAAGCGGAACAUGGUCGAGCGACCAACAACUAAAAGCUUACAGCGGAAUUAAAGAAGAGUUGACAAUUUUUGAAGGAGUUAUACUUAGAGGAAAUCGCAUUGUUGUUCCGCAGUCGGUACGAAAACAAAUUCUAAAACUAGCACAUGAAACGCAUCAAGACAUAGUUAAAACUAAGCAAUUCCUUCGUGCGCGUUCCUUUUGGCCCGGCAUGGACCAAGAUGUUGAAACUCUGAUUAAGGGAUGCAGUGCUUGUGUUGUAAACCAGCCGCUUAACAAAUGCACACCAGCUCAACCGACCCCGUUACCUCGUGGUCCGUCGAUUAAAAGAGCAGUCGAUCUCGUUGGACCUAUUGAUGGUAAGCAUAUCCUGACUUACAUCGACCACUACUCCUCCUAUCCAGAAGCAUGCAUCAUCAAAGAGAUAACUUCCCGUGAAGUUAUUAAAGCACUGACAGCUAUCUUUGCUAGAUUUGGAUACCCAGAAGAACUUGUUACUGACAACGGCAAACAAUUUAUCAGCGCAGAAUUUGAAGCGUAUCUAAAUGCAUGUGGCAUUCAGCACAUUCGCGUGUCUCCGUAUUACGCGUGUAGCAAUGGGAAACUAGAAAUUACUAAUAUUAAUAAUAAUAAUAAUAGUAAAGCCGAUGGCAUCUCUGCUUUUCGUUUUGUCACCAAGAUUCCUCAAUCCAUAUUCAUCGCGGUAGUCUUAAUUUUUUUUAAGGAUUUCUCCUUAUUUAGGGCGAAAUCCAAAAGAGAUAUUAAGAUCAGUGUUAGAAAUGACUGUAGUAAACGCUUAGGCGUUAAUCGCGGAAGCAAAUGGGUCACAUUUUAA